AUGAAUGAUCGUAAUGGCAUUAGUGAGACUAUUGAAAUUGAUUUUGAAGUUGGACAUAGUUCAAUAAUUCGAUGUGAAGCUACAACUAUUCAUAAUCCACCACGUACUCAUGAUUGGAAACUAUUUUUACGUUCAGCUGAUGUCAAUGGUGAUUUAAGUUGUUUAAUACAACGUUGUGUAUUUCAUCUUCAUCAUGAAUAUCCAAAUAGUAAACGAGAAUUAAAAACAACACCAUAUGCUAUUCAAGAAAGUGGUUAUGCUGGUUUUCAUUUACCAAUUGAAAUAUAUUUUAAAACAAAGACAGAACCAAAAAAAUUUCGUAUUGAAUAUGAACUUGAUUUACAUAAACCUAUCGAUGGGCGUCCAUAUCAACAAAAAGAAAGUUAUCUACGAAAAUAUCGUUUUACUAUUUAUAAUCCCGAUCCUGAAUUUCGUCAAAAGAUACUUGCAGCUGGUGGUAAAAUCGUCGAUAGUGGUCCGAUAACAUCAAAUAAUAUUGAUAGUGAUGAAAGUGAAAUGGACGACGAACAAAUGUCAUCUCAUGAAUCAAUUGGUCGUCAUUCUCCACCACAAAAAAGACCUCUUUCACCAAGCCCUACACCAAAUGUGGUUAAUAAAAAAGUUAAAGUUGAACAAUCAAUAAAUAAUAGUAAGAAAAAACAAGUACAAUCAAUAGUGAAGAAUGAAAAUUCGAGUAAAACAACAACAACACCGAAUAUUAAAAAACCAAAACUCGUAUCAUCGAAAUCUUCAACUGUAGUAGAAGGAAAAAUAAUAAAAACUUCAUCAAAUCAACCAAUAACUGUUAGUGAAAUAAUUGAAAAUUCACCAUCAACUAAACCACGUUCAUCUACUACUAAACUAAUUAAAUCUCAAUCAACGAAUGACAUUAAAUCUUCUAGUCAACCUACAACAAUGAAUACAAAAAAGAAAGAAAUUGUUCCUUCUCCAUCUAAAAUCAAAACGGUCAUAAGUUCACAGAAUGCAUCGAAAAAAUCAAUCAUUAAGAAUCCUCAUAAAAUUUCGAUUAAAACAGAACAAACAUCAGCUACUAUAGUUAAAUCACCUUCAACAGUCGUGAUAAAACGAGAAUCACUUUCACAACCAUCAACAUCUAGUAUUUCUCCAACUAAUACAACUAUUACAUCAGCUUCAAUCAAUAAUCUUAAGAAAAUUCCUAAGAAAAAAGUUCUACCAUCAUCAGUUAUAGAGAAACGUUCACGUUCAUCAAUGCCUUCACCAUCAUUAAAAAAGAAUUCACAAGGACAAGAAUCAUUAACAUCUAAAACUCCAACAAAUUUAAAACGAGAUCGUUCUUUAUCAUCUGUUAAAAAAUCCACGAAUAAUAGUCAAUCCGGAAAAACUAAUAUUAUUAAAGAUCGCAAAAAUUCAAAUUUAUCUAAACCACUUGAUCAACCUAAUCGUCCUUUACCAUCACCUUCGAAAUUAUUAUCCAAUCAACAAAAAUGUCAAACAUUAAACUCUUCUAAAUCGAUACCUAGUCCUGAUCAACCCAAUCGUCAUUUACCAUCACCAUCGAAAUUAUUAUCCAAUCAACAAAAAUGUCAAACAUUAAACUCUCCUAAAUCUAUACCUAGUCCUGCUCAAUCUAAUAACGAACCUUCUAUUAGUUCUGUUGUUUCAUCAUCAUUAUCAUCUAUCGAUACAUUUCCACCACUACCAAAUAUAAAUUCACCUUCCACUGAUAUCUUUCAAACUGAAGAUAAUCCUGUUCAACCACCAAUGAAUAUCGAUAGACAAAAUAGUGAAACUUACAAUCAAUUCUCAGACAAAUCUAAUUCAUUUCAUGAACAACUGUCUGUUGAAUCAAAUAAAAUACCAACAAAUCCAGUAUCAUGUUCAGAACAAUCAGAUCCAUAUGAUAGUGACGUAUCUCAAGAUGAUAAUAAUAAUGAUGAAGAAGAUUUACCAAGUAGUCUUACUAAUGAUGAUUUACGAUAUAAACUUAUUUAUAUUUAUAAACGUUUUCAAUUAAAUUCAAUCAAUGAUCUUAUCAUAUUUGUUAGUUUUUUUAAACGUCAUCAAUUAUUUGAUAUAUCAACAUUAUCAAUGACAAAAACAUCAGAUGAAAUGUUUACCUAUGAUCUUUUUUCUCUUAGUCCAUCACAUAUUGGAGAAUUAGCUAAUGAUCUUGGUUAUUCAACAAUAAAUACUAUCGAACAGUAA